AUGUUCACCAUCAGAGCAAAGUCAAAGAAUGGCGAAGAUCCUGUCACUUUGAUUCGACCAUCGGAGCUGCCGAUCUACGAGGACCAGGAACCUGCAGACGAAUAUGAGUACCACCAGCGUCCCACCGGACUCCUGGAGCAGUCGGUGGGCGAUCUGCGGCGAGCCCUGUCCGGCUUCGUCUCGCAGUAUUCCGACACGUACGACUACGCGAAACACGUCUACGAAACGGGGAAGGCCCACAGCGCAGGCACGCUGGACUACCUGCAGGACGAGACGAACCUGGUGCCGCGCGCCACCGCCAUCACCGUCGGCGGCCUCACCGGCCUGCUCGUGGCCGCCCUGCGCCGACGCGGCCUCUUCAAGCGGCUCAUGUACACGGGCGUCGGGCUGGCCGUGCCGACGAGCAUUUGCUACCCGCAGCAGGCCGCGGCGUACGGCCACUGGGGCUUCAACGAGUCACGCAAGUACGGCGUGAUCGCCUACAACUUCCUAGUCGGAGGUAACUGUCCCCGGUCACUGUUGCCUCUGCUGCCGUAG